AUGUCCGCUCCUCCCACCGACGGCCACGGCCAGUAUCCCGGCCAGCUCGACCAUCCCGACCAACCUGCUCAUGCCGACCUCGCCCCACAAGAUGCUUCCGUUGCGGCGCCCUCAAAAAAAAAGAAGAGAGGAUAUGCUGCCCAGGCCUUUGAAGUUGGAUCUGGAGCCAAUGCUGCCGUUGGAGGUCAAAUGCAGGGCGGCGGCCAGCAAUACGGAAUCCCCGCCACGCAGCAACCUGUUAGCUAUGGAAACUACCCUCAGCCGGAUGCUCAACACCAAGCGCCCGGCCUUGGCUACCAGUAUCCGCAGGCUCCCGGGCAGCCUCAGCAGCAGGCCUCAUAUGGCUACCAAGCGCCUGACCAAGGCUAUGCCGGUGUUGGUCCUCAGCCCGGCGGUUCAGGCGUUGCCGGCAUCACCCAAGGCAUGGGGGGUAUGCAACUGGGUGGCCAGCCUCAACAAUACCAGCAGCCUGGUCAGGUUGUCCCACACCAACCGGCUCGAGUUGGCCCGCUGAACCAGCUAUAUCCUACCGAUCUUAUGAACAACCCCUUCCUGGUGUCCGAGUUGGACCUGCCGCCACCCCCAAUUGUUUUGCCAGCCAAUUCGAGCGUGACCGCCUCGCCAAACGCCAAUUGCUCGCCACGGUACAUUCGAUCAACUCUCAAUGCAGUGCCAACGACCAACUCCCUCCUCAAGAAAUCCAAACUUCCUUUUGCUCUCGUCAUACAACCAUAUGGCGCGCUUCACGACGAUGAGGAUCAAAUUCCGGUCGUCCAAGACCAGGUCAUUGCGCGUUGUCGUCGGUGCAGGACGUAUAUCAACCCCUUUGUGACAUUCCUAGAUCACGGACACCGCUGGAGAUGCAACAUGUGUAACCUGAGCAACGAUGUUCCUCAGGCAUUUGACUGGGAUGCUGCCGCACAGCAGACAGUAAACCGAUUGGAACGUCACGAACUCAACCACUCCGUCGUGGAGUUUGUUGCGCCGCAGGAAUACAUGGUUCGACCUCCGCAGCCAUUGGUGUACCUCUUUCUCUUUGAUGUCAGCUACUCCGCGGUAUCAAAUGGCAUGUUGGCCACCAGCGCUCGCACAAUACUCGAUAGCCUCAGCAGGAUCCCCAAUGCCGACAGACGUACGAGGCUCGGAUUCCUCGCGGUAGACACCAGCUUGCAUUACUUUUCGAUUCCGAAAGAUGAGGAUGAGAAUGGCGAGACAAAUAUGCUGGUUGUCAGCGACUUGGAAGAACCUUUUCUCCCUGUCCCACACGAUCUUCUUGUGUCUCUCACGGAAAGUCGCCAGAGCAUUGAGAAGUUCCUGCAGAAAUUGCCAGCCAUGUUCCAGAGCAGCCUCAGCAAUGGGUCUUGCAUGGGCUCGGCCCUCAGGGCUGGGCACAAGCUCAUCUCCUCCCUGGGGGGCAAAAUCGUCAUUUUAACGGCCUCAUUGCCCAGUAUUGGCGAUGGUAAACUGGAUAUGAGGGAAGACAAAAAGUUAUUGGGGACGUCAAGGGAAGGUAGCCUCUUGCAGACUGCAAAUAGCUUCUAUAAGAGUUUUGCGGUGGAAUGCUCAAAGAACCAGGUUUCCAUCGACAUGUUCCUCUUCUCAUCGCAGUACCAAGAUGUCGCCUCGCUCAGCAAUCUUCCACGGUAUACUGGUGGCCAGACAUGGUUCUACCCAGGCUGGCAUGCCUCGCGCCCUGAAGAUGCUCUAAAAUUUGCCUCGGAAUUUAGCGACUAUCUGUCGUCGGAAAUCGGUCUUGAAGCAGUGCUCCGCGUCCGUGCCACUACGGGGCUGCGUAUGAAUGCCUUCUACGGUAACUUUUUCAACCGUAGCUCUGAUCUUUGUGCCUUCCCCGCGUUCCCGCGCGAUCAGUGCUACGUCGUUGAGGUUGCCAUUGAUGAAAAUUUGAACAAGAACUUUGUGUGUCUUCAAGCAGCCGUGCUUCACACGACAUGCAACGGUGAGCGCCGUAUUCGGGUGCUGACUCUUUCACUUCCGACCACUACAAACUUGUCUGAUGUAUAUGCAUCCGCUGAUCAGUGCGCCGUCACCGCGUACGUCAGCCACAAGGCUGUCGAGCGGACUCUGGACAGCGGUCUGGAGGCGGCCAGAGACGCCUUGCAAGCUAAGCUCACUGAAGUGUUGCAGACAUUCAAGAAGGAACUUGCGGGUGGUAGCAUGGGUGGAGGUGGUUUGCAAUUCCCUGCGAAUCUCCGCGGCUUGCCUGCUCUGUUUUUGGGACUUAUCAAGAACGUGGGACUACGAAAGUCGACGCAGAUUCCCUCAGACAUCCGUUCCGCGGCGCUCUGUCUACUCUCGACCUUACCGGUACCAUUGCUGAUGCGCUACAUCUACCCCAGGAUGUACUCCUUGCAUGACAUGCCUGACAAUGCAGGAAUGCCGGACGAAGAAACAGGACAGAUUGUCCUGCCACCUGCUGUGAAUCUGUCAUCGGAACGGCUGGCCCCGUAUGGACUUUACUUGAUUGAUGAUGGACAGACUCAAUUUCUUUGGGUUGGGCGAGAGGCUAUACCGCAGCUCAUUGCAGACGUCUUCGGAGUUGAGGACCGAACACAGGUUCAUGUUGGUAAAGGCCGGGUUCCCGAGCUUGAUAACGACUUCAAUGAGCGUGUAAGAGCAGUCAUCCAGAAAAGCAAAGAUCACAAAUCGCUCGGGGUCGGAAGCAUCACAGUACCGCACCUUUAUAUCGUGCGGGAGGACGGCGAACCUAGCUUGAAGCUGUGGGCGCAAACAUUACUUGUCGAGGACCGAGCAGACCAAGGAGUCAGUGCGGCCCAGUGGCUUGGUGUGCUGAGAGAAAAGGUCAUACAGUAA